AUGACCGACGCAGCUGUGAACAUUCUCGCCAACAUGACGCAAGAAGCAGACCCACCUUUGACAGCAACUGAAGAUGCAGGUGCAGUUGCCUGGAUUUUGACGUCAACAGCCUUGGUCUUCUUGAUGACUGCCGGGCUUGGCUUCUUUUAUGGUCUUGUCUUCGCCUCGUUCCAGAUGACCUUCGCCAUCAUCGCUAGUGCCAUCAUCUCCGGAUCCUUGGUGGAACGUGUGCGCUUCAGUGCUUACUGCAUCAUGCUGGCCCUGUGGUCCCUUCUGAUCUACGCACCUUUGUGCCACUGGGUUUGGGGACCUGGCGGCUGGAUUGGCCAGCUGGGAGCUCUCGACUUUGCAGGUGGAACCGUGGUCCACAUCAGCUCAGGUGUGUCCGGCCUCGUUGCCGGUGCAAUCCUUGGCCCAC